AUGUGCGCGUGUGUGUGCGUCUCCGCUGGGCCUUGUCAUCUGUGCACCUUCAAAACAUCUAACGCUUCCAAACCUCCACCCCGUCUCCGUCCCUACAAGCAGCCAGUUGUUUCACAAGAGAGGGGAAGGCCUGUCACUGACCAUAAGACGUCGUCUUGUCUAGCUCCGUCCCAGACGACGCUGCCUGAUCUUUUGCAGGACCCGCCGUUAAAGUUCUCUCCACGCUCUGUCACAACCCUCGACGAAGAAGACGAGGAAUACGACAGUUGGGACCAAACCCUGAGGCCCGCCGUCUUGGAACCUCGCCCUCCGUCAUCUCGCUCCGUCGCCCACUCGCGCGAAUCCUCCUACGAAAAGCUGUCCUCCCAGCAGCUACCCCCCGUCUCCGUCUCCGCUUCAAACCUCGCUUCCCCCCGAACACAGAACCACUCCCAGUCCCGGUCUGCCAUCGGCGGCGUUAUCGAACGAGUCGUCGACCCCAAGAGCGCCUCCUAUGGCCACCACCGCCAGACCUCUAUAGUCCACGGCAUCCAACAUUCUAGAAAUGGAAGUCACGCCAGCUCUUCUUCGAGUCCCCUCAGCCCGCAGAUGAUUGCUGCUGCCGGCGCGACCCUCACCUCGUCCUCAGACCGUCCCGACAUGCAUGCCGUCGGGCGAUUAGAACCAGACGCGCCUCCGGGGCCGCGCCCGGGCACCGCCUUGUCAGGCACCACUGCCAACUCUGGCCCUCAUGUUCCCGAGAGGACGUCCUCCGCCACCGACUUUACGAAUGCUUCCUCCACCACCCAGAGGAAGAUUGAACGAAUGCAUAGCAAGUCGAGACGCGACCACGCACACCACCACUCCCAUUCCUCCAGGCACCACAAGGACGAGCAGAAGACUGUUGGGGAAUAUGCUCUGCAUGUGCUCUUCACAUCCUUCAUUGCCCAGGCCGAGGAAAAGCUCAAUGACUGUAUCACAGUCCCCUUCGAGCCGGAGCCGCAGGUCGAGCAGAUCUGCGGCCCCGGAGUCGACCCCUCCUUUGACCAGAUCAUUACUGCUUUGGGCCAUAUUGCCCGGCCGCGACCGAAACCUCUUAUAGACUCCAUGAUGCUUUGGAGGAAAAGCAAGAGCGAUGCGGCAAACGAAGCGCGAAGUCAGUUACAACAGUCAAGAGGUGCCGCCCCUGGGCCGCUUCAGCGCAGGAACACCGAGCCUCUCCAGCCCCUAUCUGGUGGUGGGCAGGUAGACAAUGGUCUAACGAGCCCUCAAACGUCCCUGGCUGCCAAACAAGAAUUCGUUGCACACGCAGAACGUCGCUCGACUGUCUCUAUUUACAUUCUUUGCCGGGUUCUGCUGGAAGUCAUCAGUCAGACAAGCCUGCCAUUCCUAACUUUGGAAAUGGAGGAGAAAUUGGAGGGCAUCAUAUUUGGCCAGCUUAAAAUCGCCGAUACCGAGCAGCUGAUGGUCAGCCCCCUGAAACUUGCAAACUGGAACCUUUUUGCCCAGCUCCUCGGUGUCAUGAGCGAGAUCAACUUCAAGGGAGUCACGGACAGGUUCCUCGGCGAUCUCGAGCGCACUCUCCAAGAACUGGUCGUCAAAAGCCCAACCUCUCCGGCUGGCCGCGACGCCGAGGGUAAGAUCGAGCUCGUUCUCGGCGGCAUGAAGCACCUCAAGGUUAAUAUGGUGCCCCAAGAAGCCUGGGAACAAUCGUGCGACUUCCUAGUAGCUAUUGGGCGCCUGUUUCAUCGUUCUCACGGCCAGCGUGUCAAGACGGCAUUUUGCCAGGUGCUCGAAGCGCUUCUACUCUCCGUCGCUUCCAAGGCCACAAACCAGGAUUUGGCUCAUCCAAAAUGGAUUGAAGUGCUCGGUGGCAUCGGUCCUCGACUAGCCCAGAUGUUCAUUAAGCCCCGGCACUGGGGUUUCGCGUUCCCCCUAACAGCAACGAUGCUUUGCGUGUCUACGCCCGAGACUUUCGGCUCCCAAUGGCUUCAACUGAUCCUGCCGCUCCAACCGAAACUGAAGGAUCGUUUUACCCGUCCCCUGUGUCUUCAGGUGAUUGCACGACUGUUGUGGACAUACCUCUAUCGUACAAGCGACUCUCUGCCGAACGCAACGAGGAAGCUUGACGAGGUUAUGAAGCUGGUAUUACCCCCAACCAAGCGCAGUCUGAUUGCCGCCGAUUCAGCCGUGUCCGAACCCAUCAUUCAGAUCAUCAGGAUCAUCGGAUACAAGCAGCCCGAGUACUGUUUCAAGCACGUCAUUUUUCCUCUUAUUAAUGCCGAGGUGUUCGUAACCAACAAGGAGCUCAAGGUGGAACAACUCGACCCUGAUCGAAUGGUCAUUGGAAUCCGAGCUUUCCUUGCCAUCAUGUCCGACCUCGAGAAGGGAGAUCAGGGGCGGCCCCCUUUCCCCGUGGCUUUCCCACCGCCACCGCCACCGGAACGCGUGCCCACGUCCCCUGUGAUGACCUCGCCGCAUCAUGCUGCACUUGGAACUUCCAUGGCCACUGGUGAAGGCGAGCAUCUCUCGCACCCUGUGCGGAUAGCCGCCCUCAGCGACAUUGUGAGAGAGUACUAUCACAAGUUCUGUGAAAUCCUCGGCAAGAUCACAAUCAUUUGUGACAAUACCUUUGGAGGACAGGCCGUGUUGGAUGAAAAGUUCAACAGCCCGGGCCCUAAAACCCCAAUUGCGGAUACAUUCAACUUUUCGCGGAGAGACGACCAUCAGUCUCCCGCAGAUCAAAAACAGGCGUUCUACGAGUUAUUGCACGUUGCCGUUCAAGCGUUACCCCGUUGUCUCUCUGUCGAUAUACCCUUCAACUCACUAAUCAACCUUCUCUGUACCGGAACUGCUCAUGUACAAUCCAAUGUCGCCUUUUCUUCAGCGCAGUCACUCAAAGCCAUUGCUAGGCAAGCUCACGCACAACAGGUCACGAUGGGUUUUGCUCGAUUCAUCUUCAACUUUGAUGACCGAUAUUCUACCAUGUCCGAUGGGGGGAUGCUCGGCCCCGGUCACAUAGAAAGCACACUCCGCUUAUACGUUGAGCUGCUGCAGAUUUGGAUCGAGGAAAUUCAGCGGAAAACGCGUGAUGCUUCACUUGACCAGCUCGAGCCAAGCGACAAGCGCGGGGCCAAGCUUGACCUGUCUGGUAUCUGGGCAGAGGUAGACCAGGCAGAAGCUCAUGGUUUAUUUUUCCUAUGCUCGCAGUCUCGCAGAGUAAGAUACUUUGCCAUCACUGUACUCCGGCUCAUUACCGAUUUCGACAAGGCACUACAGAAUCAGGAUAAAGAUACGCUUAGAGUCAUUGAUAUCCUCGAGAACGACUCCAUGCAGGUUAUGAACUUCAAAGACGAGGGCCUGUCGGUUGCCGAGAGGAGCAGGUUGCAGAGAGGGAUUCAGAACAGCAACAAUGGAGGAGCUCUCGUGGAACUCUGCACUAGUGAUGUGUCAUACGACACCACGCUUUGGUUCAAGCUCUUCCCUAACCUUAUCCGCAUUGCGUACGAGAAGUGUCCUUUCACGGUCACCAUUGGACGAGACUUGAUCUGCAACCGGAUUCUGCAGAUGUACAAGGCUAUUGUACUUCUGUCGGAGCCUUCCAGAGGUCUAUAUUACGGAUCCGAUCCCGGGAGCGCCCGCGUUACUGGCAGGACACCCACGACUCAGCCAGAGAUCCUUGUGGAACAGUGGAAGCUUUACCUCAUUUUUGCCUGUACGACCUUGGCCGAUCCAGGGGCUGUUGUGCCCGCCAACCCUCAAGGGGCACAGCAUAGCCGAAAGACCUCGAAGCCUACGUCGGCAGAUAAAAUUGUCUCCGCUCGGGUCCUGUUUAAGUAUCUGAUCCCCCUCUUGUCCGUCUCUUCUGCGUCUGUCAGAGACGCAGUCGUCCUGGCCAUGGGUUCUAUCAACAUACACAUCUACCGCACGCUUUUGGAAGAGUUGGCUGGUCAAGUUUCACGCUGCAACGACGAAGCUCGUGCCCGCAUUCAUCAGCGCACCAACAGCAGCCCGAGACGCAACCGCAAGAUGGACCUGCUCAGGACUGAGAUUACCCAUGUAUACAAACUGACAUGCCACUUCCUCAAAGAAGAAGAAGUCUAUAACGACGAGUGGGUGCUCACCAAUCUAGUCACGUAUACUAGGGAUCUGAAACUCUUCCUUAUGGAUGGCGAAGUCCAGAUGGACUGGGAGUUUCAGAAACUGAGGCGGCACUACUGCGGUUUGAUGGAGGAGCUCUUUGAAGGGAUCAACAGAACCAAAGAUCCUUCCCGCUGGAUGACUUUUGAGUCCAGGAAAUCGGCAUUCUCCUUGAUGGAAGACUGGUGUGGCUUCUCACCUAAUCAGACCCAAAUCCGGGUUCGCGAGGACACGAUGAGGCAGUCCCUCAUUGACCAGCAAUCAUUGGGGGAGAGAGGCACAGUCACGGCCGCCAUGGAAAUCGAGAAACGCAAUCUUCGCACAGCAGCACUUAGUGCUAUGGCAGCAUUAUGUGGCGGGCCCAUGAGUAUCACUACCGAGAGCGGCGCAACACUGCAGUUUGAUAUCCGGAGAAUGCUUGCAUGGAUUGAGGCCAUAUUUAACUCGGGAAGCGACCGAAUGAACGUCAUCGGACGGCGAGCGCUGCAGAACCUAAUUGUCCACAACCAGGAAUACCCUUACCUUCUGGAGCACUGUAUAGCUCGUUGCUACCUCUCCGACGUUCCCAAGGUUCAAGAAAGCUACUUCGCAGUGGUUACUCAGGUGCUACUGGAACAUCUGGACUAUUCGUGUCCUUUCUGGAAGCUGCUCGGUCUCUGCCUCUUUACUCUUGGCAACGACGAAAGCGAAAUUCGUUCCAAGUCUGCUCGUGUUCUGAGAGCAUUAGAGGAACGACAACAACCGGGACGCACAUCCAAGAUCCAAGAUUACGACAUCAGUAUCUCUGACAAGACAAAGGCCGUCUACAAGCUUGCCCAGUUCGAGAUCUCCAAGAGGCUAGCUAAGCAGCACACCGAAUUGGCGUUCCACAUCUUCUCUGAAUUUACGCUUUACUUCAAAGACCUUCAGCCGGCCUCGCAACGUAACGUCAUUGCUGUUAUCCUGCCCUGGAUUCAGUCAAUAGAGCUGAAGGUCGACCCCAACGGUGGACCAAUUGCUCAAUCUUAUGUCCUUUUGGCCAACCUGUUGGAGAUUACCAUUAAGUCUAGUGGCUCGCUGCACAAUGAGGUUCAAGCGUUGUGGCAAGCCCUCGCAACUGGCCCAUAUCCAGGAAACGUCCGGCUCAUUCUCGAUUUCAUCAUCUCGCUUUGUCUCGAGCGCCGGGAGCAAAACUUUGUCGAGUACGCCAAGCAGAUCGUUGUCUUCCUUUCCAGCACCACCAGCACACCUGGAAUGAAGGUUGUCGAGUUUCUUCUCAUGCAGAUCACCCCUAAGGCUAUGGUUCCAAAUGAGAAGAAGGACGCUAUGCCGCCACCUCCAGACAUUGGUCUUUUGCCAUAUUGCGCUGACCUGGGAGAAGCCCUUCCCGUCGGUACAAAACAGGCUGGGUUCUCCCUGGGACAGCUGUCACUCAUCCUUCUAGUGGACCUAAUGGUGUCGCCGGUUCAUUUGACACCAGAGAAUGUACCAGUGCUCCUCCAGGUGGUCACCGUUCUAUGGGACCACUACACACCUCUUGUACAGGAGCAGGCCCGUGAAAUGCUGGUUCAUCUCAUCCACGAGCUCGUCAUUUCCCAACUGGAUGACCAGACCCCGCCAACGGCCAGAGCAUCGAUAGAGGAUCUGAUCGAUUUGAUCCGUCGACAUGAUCGUUCAGUUGUCUGGGGCUAUGAGGACAGCAAUGGAAAGGCUGAUGACCAGGACAACAAGGUUCCUCCGAGCAUGGAGUUCCUGACGGCUGAGGUCGUUAAGACGUUCGAGAUGACUUACCCUGGCAUCAAGGACCAAUGGGGUAGACUCUCAUUAACCUGGGCAACGUCGUGUCCAGUCAGACACCUUGCUUGUCGCUCGUUCCAGAUUUUCCGAUGCAUCCUCACUUCCUUGGACCAGUUCAUGCUCGGCGACAUGCUUGCCCGCCUGUCAAAUACCAUUGCCGACGAAGACACCGAAAUUCAAACUUUCGCCAUGGAGAUUCUUACUACGCUCAAAACCCUUAUCCUCAAGCUCGACGCUGAUAAGCUGCUUACUUUCCCCCAGUUGUUCUGGACCACAUGCGCCUGCCUGGAGUCCAUCAACGAGCGCGAGUUUUUGGAGGCGGUGGAGAUGCUUAACGAGUUCCUCACCAAGGUCGACUUCAGGUCACCCAAUGUCCGUCGCCUUCUCCUUGACGGCCAGCCUUCGCGAUGGGAUGGCCAGUUCGAAGGCCUUCAGUCUCUUCUCUAUAAAGGCCUAAGGUCAUCGAUGUGCAUGGAAGCCACGUUGGAUACACUCGAUAAGGUGGUUCAACUGCCAAGCGAUGGUCUUAUCGGAGACGACAGCAGGGUGUUCUUUGCCAUCCUGGCCAACUUCCCCCGUUUCUUACACGAAAUGGAGCAGGAUGAGCCAAGCGAACCAGUAUUGCACUCUGCCGAGAUUCUUUGCGCCGUUGCCGAAGCUCAAGGGCUUGGCAACAUUGCUGUCGUCCUCGAGGAAUAUGUUGCUUUUAAAUAUCAAGGCAACGGUAGAGAGUUCCUGAGUCGUCUUUUCGGGGCUUUGAAGGACCACUUCCUCCCCAAAUUGGACUUCAAAAUGGUCAUUUUCUUGAUGGGCUUGCUCACCAACUCGACAGCGUGGGUGAAGCUUAAGACGAUGAACAUCCUCAGCAUUGUCAUACCCGAAAUUGACAUGCGCAAGCCUGAGCUAGCCGGCCAUGGUUCGGACCUCAUCUCGCCCUUGUUGCGUCUUCUGCAGACUGAGUUCUGCAUGGAGGCACUGGAGGUUCUUGACAACAUUAUGACCAUGUCGGGCAGCGCCAUGGACAAGCAACAUCUCAGGAUGAGCAUGACACGAUCCACGUCCAAGACCAUUCGCAAGGAGUACGAGCGUAUCCAGAGUCUGUUCGGCAUCCCGGAGGCAUCCGGCUGGGCCAUUCCAGUGCCAGCUAAGAAAACCGACUCGACGCGAGCGAACAUCCACGCAGCGUUCUACAUGUGCCAGACCGCAGAAGGAAUUAUGACGGAAGCGACGCCGACGCCCGAUGUUGAGUUCCACAACGACGACUUUCCAUACAGCUACUUCCAGAUGCCCGAUCGGACCGAGACGAUGUUGUCGGACGAAGGUCGCGUCGACGGACACCUCGGCGACCUCGUUACGAAGCUGGACAGCCUCGACGACUUCUUCGACGACCUUGGAACGAGCCCACCAAGUGACGGCCGCUCAUCGAAGACGAUUACAGAGUUUUCGCCGGACAGUUUCGAGUCCGGAGCGCAGUUGUAUGAUGAGCAAAUCCUGCCAAUCCUGCAUCAGGCUUCCAACAACAGCACGUUCCAGAAUGGGUUUACUGACAGGCCACCAGCGACGGCAAGGGAUCCGAGUUCCAACACGAUGAAUCCUGGAGCCUUUAGCGCGUCGGCGGGGUUAAUGGCGGGCGGUGGACAGCGACCUGGCCUGCACUCGAGAUCAAUCACGUCCCCGUCCGCUCCGGCGUCGUACCAGCCGCACAUUAGCGAGUUCACGUCGGACGACGAGUUUCCCGAAGACGUUUUCUCGGACGCGGACGACGAGCGACCGAACACAGGUCACGGCGGCGAGGGAUCGUUUUCCUUGGAAAACAUGAUCAAACCGCUUGCACAAAGCACGAGGUCGAGGAUGCGCCGUUUGACCGGAGGCAGAUCGCGCGAAAGCGACCGACAACAGGAACUGUUCCGAGCAGAGCGAGCCGCUGCGGCACAGGCAGUUCCGAAAGUACCAACUACUUAUUUAACAAAGAUGCCGGCUCAGGGGGAGAUGUUGUAA